UACAUCACGCAGUGCUUCCGCGGAAAGGCGAUGGAGUACAUCACCAACUCCAUCUAUCCAGUCUGCGUGCUCGGCGCUCUGCGCUUCUUCCCAAAGGAGCAGUUCCUCUUCCUCCGCUUCGAAGACAUGAAGAAGAUGCACGCGCCCGGGCUCCUGCGCCUCCUCGCCAACUUUACCGGCCUGCACACCGACGACGAGAUCAUCGCGCGCUUGCAGGGCGAGCGCCAGUGCGAGAUGCUCAACGCCAGGAAGAAGCCGCUCUCGUUUGGCAAGGACAAGCGCACUGUCUCGGCGCGCGCGAACCUGUCCGCCGCCAUGGGCGAGUUCGAGGCGUUCUUCCAGCCGUACGACGAGCUGCUCUCCGAGCUGGUGGACCCGAACUUCAAGUGGGGCGCCGACACGCACCGGCUGAGUGCGGACGUGCUGAUCGACGCGCCGGGCAGCAAAAAGGGGCGCGGCCGGGGCAAGGGGCUGGGCACGGGGCGCGGCAGCCGUGAGGAGAGGCCGGCCGCGGGCUACAGGAAGGCUAUAAAGAGCGCCAAGGCAGAGGCAAAGGCGAUGCUGGGCGAUGACCUCCAGCUCCUGCGUGGCAAGGCGAGGCUGGCAGCCAUCGGGGCGGCCAAGGGCAGGGGGGCGAAGCAGAAAGCUGCUAGUACUAGUACGGGCCAGUUUGUACGAUGAGAGAAGGGCCCCUGUGCGCUGUGCGCGCCGUGCGCGCGAGAGAGAGCGUGUGAGCGCUGUCCACGGCGUCUCCGGGUAUUUUUUAUGGUUUCAUUAUCUCUCGCC